AUGAACUGGGAAGAGGAACAAUCUACGGACGCAGAUAUUGGAGAGAUUUACCGCCUCAAACUCCAGGGCAACUCCGAACCCUCUGGAUACCUGAUGGCUUUGAGAUCCGUGGCAGCAAGGAGUUUGUGGUCACGGUGGGGACAGCUGCGAAUUAUAUCUCGAGUACUUCACCCUAUGGAUGGUCGGGAUGGCCAGCCCCGUGUCGUUGUCCUACGUAGUUGCGUCCAGCAGACCAUCACAGCAGUUCACCGAGAUUUGGGGCAUGCGGGGCAUAAGAAAACGGAAGCGCACAUUAGACGGCACUACUGGUGGUUUCUGCUACACAACGAUGUCGCGGAUUUCUGUCGGCACUCUACUGUGUGUGCGAAGACGAAGACCCCCACCGUAACACCCAGAGCACCGCUCCGACCGAUCCCCGUGCAAAGACCAAACCAUCGAGUUGGCAUUGACGCGAUUGGACCUCUGCCGGAGACCAGAAAUGGAAACCAUUUCAUCGUCGUCAUGACUGACUACCUAACCAAAUGGUGUGAAACUGUGCCAGUAAAGCAGGAAGAUGCCCGUACGAUUGUUUCGGUGAUAAUCUCCGAACGGGUAUCACGCUACGGAGUACCAGGCCUAGCUUUUGAGAGCUAUUUGCUACGGGAAACGUGUGCACUUCUGGAGAUCAAUAAAACAAGGACAACAUCGUACCACCCUGAAGGAAACGGUCUGGUGGAACGCACCAACAGGACCAUAAAGAAGAUACUAACUACCCUUGUGGAUCGCUAUGAAGAGGAACGGUGGGACGAACACAUCCCCCUGUGCAUGCUGGCUUAUCGUGCGGCUGUACACAAAUGGACAGGUUAUGCGCUGGCAUUUCUACAACUCAGCCAUCACCUCCGACUACCUUCUAGCGCAGAAACACCCGUGGCCCCGGCAGACCUCGUUGGCAGUAACGAAUAUGUCCGAUCGCUUCGCGAACGGCCGUUCGCUGCACUGCAAAUCGCUCGCGAAAACAUUGGACAUCACCAAAAGACUGUAUACGACCGCAGAUCAAACGGACCUGUGUAUGAAGUGGGUGACCAUGUGUUCUUGCAUCGCCCGAAAGCACCGCCGGGUGCACCCACAAAAUUCCACCAGACGUGGCAGGGCCCUUAUGUUAUUAUUAUGAAGAGACCAAACGGUACAUAUGUCAUCCGCAACCCAUCUCAGCCACAUACGGAUGUACAAUGCAUACUUUACAACCAGUUAAAACCAUACCCCCAACCUCGUAAUGACGCCCAGCCGUCAACGUCCCACUACCUGCCACCCGUCACUACUUCUGACACAAACGCCUUCCGAGCACUGAGGGCAGUGCUUGGACUCCGGAGGGGACAAUGUAACGCAGUUGAAACUCGCCUGUAUCUGCAUGCACGUCUAUCACGUACCGUGGUCGAACCACCACGAGCCCCGGACAGGAAAGAGUAG